CCUUAGUGGCGUGCUAGCUCCGGAGCUAGUGAAUAGUUUCAGAUAUGAUCAGCGGCAGGACGACGGCGGUGGUUGUCGGGGUGUGCGGAGCCGUGUUCGUCGCGUAUUGUAUUUAUUUCGACAGGAAGCGGCGGAGUGACCCUCGCUUCAAGGAGAAACUACGUGAACGUAGGAGGAAACAAAAUGCUUCUUCCGAUAAGUCUGGACUGGCAAAGCUGCCUGAUCUGAAGGACGCGGAAGCUGUGCAGAAAUUCUUCCUGGAGGAAAUUCAACUGGGAGAGGAGCUCCUGGCGCAAGGUGAGUUUGAGAAAGGUGUGGACCACCUGACCAAUGCGAUUGCGGUAUGCGGUCAACCUCAGCAGCUGCUCCAGGUGCUCCAGCAGACGCUGCCGCCUCCAGUCUUCCAAAUGCUGCUCACAAAACUGCCCACCAUCAGCCAGCGAAUCAUCAGCGCUCAGUCUUUAACAGAAGAUGACGUCGAAUGAAUGAAUGUGUGUGUGUGAUGGAAAUCAGACACUGGUGUUUGUGCACUGUUUUGGUGUGUGUGAUUAUGCCAGAGCUCAACCUUUGGACAUGAGAUGACGAUAACUCCCCCCUCUCCCCUCUGUCGUGGCACUCCGAGGUUAAAGAGCUUCCUCAAGGUUACGUUUCUGGGAAAUGUUAAAUCACAUUCCAACCUUCUCUUCCACCGGAUCCCGUGUUUUUUAUCUGUAACUAUAUUUAUUUCCCAUAAAAGUAAUUGUGUGUGUGUGGAGGGGGGUGCUGAUAUGUUAUGCACUAAAUGGAAAAAAAAACCAAGCGUAUGUAAAUGAUUUGUUACAUAUUGCUGUGCAGUUGAUUUACAUGUGAAAUGUGUGUACGAGUGCCUACACUAAACAGAACUUGUUUGUAGAAUAUUGUUUUCUGAAUUAUUUUUUUUGGUUACGUGUUAUUUUUAUAUUCCAGUUUCUCAUAUCUGGAUGUAUUUUUGUGUGUAAAAUCCUUAAAAUAAAUCAUGAAAACACA